ACAAGCGGAACGUAACUUUCGGUCAUUUUGAACAUGCGUCCCCGUUCCGGACUUCUAAUCCAAGACACCAUUCAAAGCGGAAGCAGACGGACUUUCAACAUGGCGGAGACUCAUAGUUUGCAAGACAUGAGGCAGCAAGCAGCCAUUGCUUCCAAAGUGUUUGUCCAGAGAGACUACUCCACAGGAACCACCUGCCAGUUCCAGAUGAAAUUUCUGCCAGAGCUGGAGAACCGGAUCGACAAACAGCAGUUCGAGGAGACGGUCCGCACUCUGAAUAAUCUGUACGCUGAAGCGGAGAAGAUUGGGGGCAAGUCCUACCUGGAAGGCUGCCUGGCCUGCCUGACUGCCUACACCAUCUUCCUUUGCAUGGAGACGCACUAUGAAAAGGUUUUGAAGAAGAUUGCCAAGUACAUCCAGGAGCAGAAUGAUAAGGUCUACGCUCCCCGAGGCAUGCUCAUCACAGACCCCAUUGAGCGAGGACUCCGUGUGAUUGAAAUUACCAUUUAUGAAGACAGGAAUGGAGGAAAUGGAAGAUAAAAGCUAUCAAAGCAAGCCAUAUGUUGAAAAGCUGCAAGGGGGCUGUCUGUUCCUGAUUCUUGUUCUUCACAGUGAUUGCUCUCCUACCUCCUACCCGAUUGGUUGACUUGUCGCGACCCAUCGAAUAACUCACCUGGUGCCACCCAAUGACACAACACACUGCGUCUCAACAAUCUUCUCUCCUCUUUCCCCCCUCCUUGUAUUAUAUGUAGGUAGUUUCAGAUAUAGCGGUUUUUUUUGUUUGUUUCCUUUUCUAUUUCUUUUUUUGGUUACAAAUACAAUUAUUUAUAAAGAACUUGCAUGGUAAAACAAACAAAGAAAUUAUCCACACACAGUGAUCUACAUGUAUUUUUUUUUUUGUUUUCAAUCAAGUUUUUCAAUUUAUACAUUUAUGUUUUCUACUUAUUUUCUAUUCUUUUCUAGACCACAUACCUAGGUUUUAUUUUUGUUAAGCCAGCUGUGCCAUACAAUUGUCAAACUAACCUCCACCUCCCCUUUUAUGUCAUUAUAGAACAGAGUGAUAUUGGUAGGACAACAGUGACAGUGAAUUAUGUGUUAAAUGUGUGACUCUGAUAGUGCAGAGCGUAAGAGUUAAUUUCAGGUAUGAUAACUGUCUUAAAUUUCAGCCUUCUGUAGGUCAGUGAAUUGUGUGGUGUUUUGCUAUGCCUAUCCAUGUAAUUUGAUUCCCACCACAUGCUUACAAUAUAGUGGCUGUAAGACAGGUACUCUAUUACAGUAAGUGGCUGAUGUUCGAAUCAGGAUUUAAAUGGUAUUGAAGUCUGGUACAACGCAAAGUAGUAGCUUCUGCAUUCUCAGUUGGACCAGCCUAAUGAAGGACUGUUAUGUGGAGAUCACAAGUGUAUAAGAUGAACUCAUAAAAAAUGUGCCUGUCUUUUAAAAUAAGUUAUUGGUAGAUCAAAUGGUAGCCGUAUCAGUCCAGAGAUGAGAGACAAAGAGAAGGAGGUGCGAUUGGACUAAACAAUAAUUAAGUCCAAUAAAAGGUAUUGCAUCUUCGUCUAAAAUAAGUAAAAAAAGAAUAAAAAAUUGUUAUGAUAUCAAAAUAUAUUAAAUUCCAUUAUCUGACAAUAUUGAUAGUAUUUUUACUGAUAACAAGUAACAUUAUGUUGCUCCGUUGUGGUAAGUCAGAUAAUUGAUUUGUAUUGAUCAGGUUAUGGAUGGUAUGCACAUGUGUUUGUGUGUGUAUAGAGAGAUUUUAUAUGUACAGAGAGAGCAACCGCUUCAGAAACCUAAAGCACAGUAGUGAAACUAGUUAUAUUCAGCCCUAGUUAUGUCAGGCAGUGUCUUUCAUAUUUAUCAUUCAAACCAAUACCUUUUAAUAUUUUUUUUUUUUAAAUGCAUGUUAACUUAUUCAUUAUGACCUGUAAUAACAUGUAUUGUGUAACAAUAAAUGGAAAUACAAUAUGAUUCUUGAUAAAA